AUGAAACAUCUUGCCGCCUAUUUAUUGCUUAACCUUGCUGGAAAAGAUAAUCCCAAGGCCAAAGACAUCAAGGCUCUACUUGAUAGUGUUGGUAUUGAGACAGAUGAUGAGAGGAUUAAAACUUUACUUUCUGAACUAGACGGUAAAAAUAUCAAUGAGCUGAUCGCUGAGGGCUCAUCUAAGCUUUCAUCUGUCCCUUCUGGUGGUGGUGGUGUUUCAGCCAGUGCUGCUGGAGGUGGCGGCGCUGGCGGCGGUGCUGCUGAAGCUGCUCCUGUUGAGGAAGCUAAAGAGGAAGAAAAAGAAGAAUCCGAUGAACUUAUUGUUAUCAUUAAAACUAUGGGAGAACGAUAUAAACAAGUUAUACCAAAGCUAACCUGGACUAAUUCGACGAACGAUUCUGGUAUUUCAAGUAAUUUGUCUGAUUUUACUUUUUGUCACUUUGGAAGUAGCUCUACCAAAGCGCCACAAAUGGGGGGACGACACGAUUUAGGACAUUAUGUAAAGAAACAUCAACUUAAUAAUCCAUUAAUUGCUCUAUCGUCUUCACCGGAUUCAAAUCAAGUUAUCGUUGCGGGUAGCUCAGGUAUUUCAAACAAACAAACAUACAUUUCUAAAUUUCUCCUAUUAAUAACGUCUUGUUUUCCUUCUAUUGAAAAUACAGUAUUGAAAAUUUUGAAUGUAUCUGAUCGUGAAAUCACCGAGGAAUCAAAUCUCAACGUUAGGCAUGGCAAUAAAAAUAGUAAUAUUACUGAUGUUAAAUGGGGUAAUUCUUCCACAAGAAAUAAAGUAGCAACCGCUGCGACAACUGGUUCAAUUUCUAUUUGGGAUGUGGGAAAUGGUCAACCUAGGGAUGAACAAAAAAUAAAUGCCCAUGACCGCGCUGUAAAUAGAGUAUGUUUUAAUCCAAAGCAAGGUGAUUUGCUUUUAAGCGCGUCGCACGAUGGUACAAUGAAAUUAUGGGAUCUGAGAGAGUAUUGUUCAAGACCCAUGAUGACAUUUGAUGGUAAAUGUGAAAGUGUUCGUGAUGUGCAAUUCAAUCCAGCAAGUAUGAAUGAAUUUGUUGCUGCAUUUGAAAAUGGAACAAUCCAGAAAUGGGAUCUUAAAAAACCAAAUCUUAAUGAUCGCAAAUUAAAUGCACAUAUAGGGCCAGUUCUGGCGAUUGACUGGCAUUCUGACGGGAGAACCGUUGCUAGUGGUGGACGUGAUAAGGCUAUUAAAAUAUGGGAUAUGUGUUCUUCUAGUAUAAGACCAAAAGGGACGAUUUAUACUAUGUCUAGUGUAGCACGUGUCCAAUGGCGGCCCAAUAAUCAAUCAGAAAUUGCCUCCUGUUCGUUGCAAGGAGAUAAUCGAAUUUUUGUGUGGAACAUCAAGAGACCUUAUAUCGCAAGUUGUUUCUUUGAAGAGCACUCAGAUGUUCCAACUGGGUUUUUAUGGCAUGAUUCUGAUGUACUUUGGUCUUGUUCCAAGGACAAAUUUUUUGUUCAGCAGGAUAUUAGAUAUUCUUAUCAUCAGCUAGAUUUGUUAAGUAAAUGUGCAAUUGGUUGGAGCGUUUAUGACCAGAUAGCGUUUGCUAUUGAGAAAUCCAAUGACACGCAUUCAGAAGAUCAAAAUAGAUCAAUGCCAUCAAGUAGUCAGUUUCGUCUAAUGCAGAGACGAACUUCUCCCGGUGUUAUCGAACCUCGUAAUGAAGAUAACUACCAAUUACAACAAAAAACCGGUUCUGUAUCUCUUCCAACGUUUGACCCCAAAUCUUUUUCAUACCUUGCUAUAAAUUAUAUUUCCUCUGGUUCCGACAUUUGGGAUAUGUGUGAUCAUAAUGCAAAGGUCGCUUGGGAUGUGCAAAGAUACCGAACUGCUCAGACAUGGAAAGUUGUCCAACUAUUGUACGGAAAGAAAACGCUUUCUGAAAUGAACAAGGCAGAGUCUAACAUCAAAGAUAAGGAAAUGCCAGAAGAACCUCCCUUAAAAAAUUUAUCAUCAGCUACACAUUCUAAAUCACCAAGCGAAGCAAAAGAUAACGAUUUUUUAAAAGAUAAUAGCAACGCUAUAGAUAAACCCAUAAAUCCCGAUGAUGAUUCGACUUCUGACCCGGAAAGUGAACCACCUUCCGAAUACGAACCUGAUCAUUACGAAAAACCUUAUUCUAAUCAAAUUGUUCAGCCAGAGUUCAAGUCUACUUCAUGGGACAAAGAACCUAUAAUGUCACAACUAUUGGAUUAUUAUGCAGAACAGGGUGAUGUACAGAUGUGUGUAACUUUAAUACUAGUGCUUGGAGACAAACUUAAAAUAAAUGAAGAAAGAGUAGAACAAUGGUUUUUUUCAUACGUUGAUCUUUUGCAUCGGUUUCAACUUUGGUGCGCUGCAACUUUUGUAAUAAAAUAUUGUAAUAAUACGACUGUUGGAAUACUGAAUCAGCAAUCCACAUUGAUUAAUACGACAUGCAUUAAUUGUUUUAAACCUAUAAAUGAUACAAUGUGCGAAUAUUGGCUAUGUGCAAGAUGUAAAAAACUAAUUUUAUGCUCUUUAUGUCACGUUACGGUAAAAGGUUUAUAUACUUGGUGUCAAGGUUGUAGUCACGGAGGUCAUCACUCUCAUAUGCAAGAUUGGUUUAGUUGUAAUGAAGAGUGUCCAACUGGCUGUGGUCAUAAAUGUUUAACUUUCCUUGUUUAA